AUGAUACAAGUACGAGUUAUUAAGCAAGACGUCAUUCCAGUUGCAAGACUUCUAGUAGAUGGAGCUGGGGACAAUGUUGAUGGUGCUAAUCUUUAUGCUAGUAUUUGCGAGGAUUUCGCAACUUACCUCUAUAAGCAUCCUGACAUUCGUGCGAUCGUGGAUCCAGUAUAUGUCGUGGCUGAUUUAAACACCGUAAAUGUUGUUAUUCCUUCUAAUUUAUAUCCGCCAGGUGGAAAUCUCGCGCCUCCUACCGUUCCUUUAGUCGACUUUAUGGGUAUUAAUCAUGUGUGGGUUUUCAACGGACAAGGGGGAAUGGGUCGUGCUCAGCACUUUAUUGGUUGGCUUCAAGGAAGAUUACCUGGAAUUAGAGUUCUCUUAUUCAGUAGUCCCAAUCCAGGAUUAUACUACUGA